GCUCCCAGCUGCCCAGCGUCAAACGCGCCGGCUGGCUGAAUUCGGGCCGCCGCGCCGCGAUCAACAGCGGCCCGGGCCGAAGCACCGCGGCCCGCGGCGCGGACCCGCCUCGAGCCCCCGCCCCACGCCGCAGCUGCAGAGGCUGCGGGACGCGGAUCACGGGCAGCGGCUCCCGGGGCUCUUCCGAGGCCAGGCCCCGGCAGGGCCCACCUGGCCCCCGCAAGAGGAGCAGCAACAGGCGUGACGGAGCACGGAGCGCCAUCACUCCGCGGCCCCUACCUCAAGCGGAGCGGGGCAGGCCGGGCGCGCCGCAGUGACGUCACCGUCGCACAGCGCUGACGCACUACGGAAGCGCACGUGCGAGGGGACGUGUGGGGCAUCUCCAGAUCGCCGAGUGUGCGAGCUCCCAGCAGAGGAGGAAUGAUUGUGAACAAUCUCACGCUGUGUUACCAGGGCAAAGUCAUCCUGGCCCCUAUGGUUCGAGUAGGGACUCUCCCCAUGCGUCUUUUGGCUUUGGAUUAUGGAGCUGACAUAGUCUACUGUGAGGAGCUGAUUGACAUCAAGAUGCUUCAGUGCAAGAGAGUUGUCAAUGAGGUGCUGGACACCAUUGACUUUGUAGCCCCCGAUGAGAGAGUCGUUUUCCGUACCUGUGAAAGAGAGCAGAACAAGGUCGUCUUUCAGAUGGGAUCUGCAGAUGCCGAGCGAGCCCUUGCUGUAGCCAAGCUUGUAGAGAAUGAUGUAGCUGGUGUUGACAUCAACAUGGGUUGUCCAAAAGAAUACUCCACUAAGGGAGGAAUGGGAGCAGCGCUUCUGUCUGACCCUGACAAAAUUGAGCAGAUUCUGAGUACCCUUGUUAAAGGGAUCUGCAAACCAGUGACCUGCAAGAUCCGGAUUCUGCCAACGCUGGAGGACACAUUGAAUCUUGUAAAGCGGAUAGAGAGGACUGGGGUGGCAGCCAUUGCAGUCCAUGGAAGGAAGAAGGAAGAGAGACCUCAACAUCCUGUCCACUGUGAUAUUAUCAAAGCCAUUGCUGAAGCUGUGUCCAUUCCAGUAAUAGCUAACGGAGGAUCUCACGACCACAUCAAAGUAUAUUCAGACCUAGAAGCCUUCCGGCAAGAGACUUCAGCAUCUUCCGUGAUGGUAGCACGCGCAGCCAUGUGGAACCCAUCCAUCUUCAGGAAGGAGGGCCUGCAGCCUCUGGAAAAAAUCAUGCAAGAGUACAUAAAAUACGCAGUGAGAUAUGACAACCACUACACCAAUACCAAAUACUGCUUGUGUCAGAUGCUGAGAGAACAGUUAGAAACUCCCCAAGGAAAGAAGCUCCAUGCUGCUCAGUCUUCCCAGGAAAUCUGCGACGCCUUUGAAUUGGGCAGCUUCUAUGAAAAGACGACUGCAGAGUUGGCAGCCAAAGCAGAGAAACACCAAAACAACGCCCAGGAGGAGGAGGACCAGGCCGGAGACGCCGAUGUCAUCAAAAUGGCCGUUAAGUUUGACAAGAGACAAUACCCACCCCAGAUCACACCCAAGAUGUGCCUGCUGGAAUGGUGCCGGAAAGAGAAGUUAGCCCAACCAGUGUAUGAAACAAUCCAGAGACCUGUGGACCGCUUGUUCCGCUCUGUUGUCACUGUUUCUGAGCACAAGUACUGUUCAUCCCUGUGGAACAAGUCCAAGAAGCUGGCGGAACAAGCUGCAGCCAUUGUCUGCCUGAGAACCCUGGGGCUCCCUGAAGGGAAGCUGGGUGAUGACGAACAGAGCCCCCUUAUGCACAAGCGUAAGGUGGAGGAGAGGGAACUUUGGAAAGACAGAGAGAAUGAGGAGAGCCUUCCUGGAGGAGCCCCUCACAAAAAGCCCCACCUGACCCUGGGGACCAACAGCAGCGCUCCUGACAAGCCAUGACUCUCCUUUACGUCUUUGUUUGCUCCCUACUGCCACCUCCAGGAUUCCUCUGCACCCAGAACAUGGAGCUGACCUGUGGGAAGCCCCCACGUGGGAAGCUCUGGGCCUUCUGGAAGGAGUGGGGGGAUGGAUGUGGGUGUGGGUGGGGCCAGGGUGGAGCCUGGGGCUCAGGAAUUGGGGCUUGCCCCACCCCACCAGGUACUGGGAAGCAGAGACUUGGACUGUUUGGACGGUUUCAGAUAUAAAUGAGAAGUCUGACUUACCUUUCCAUAAGACAGGUCUGAACACCACUGGAGGGAGUGGAAGGCAGCCAUUCAGAAUGUGCACAAGCCAGUGACCAAAGAUCUGUGGGUUUACCAUGGACUUGGGAUGGGCAGAGGGGGUAUCAGGGGUGGGGGUAGAGGGGUGGACAUUGAGUGAUUCGGCAUCCUAGGGAGGGAAAAUAGAAGAACGGGAGGACUGAAGCCAGGGGGAGGGGAAAUUUGGAGAGGACACAGGAGAUGUUGUCCAGGGCUGAUAACCACAAGUCCAGAGUCCAGGAUUCUUCUGUGGCACCAGCUUUUCCAGGUAGCCUUCUCUGUUUUCCUCAGCAAAGAUGGCCCUCUCCACUGAAUUGAGCCUUCCCUGUGAGCAUCUCAGCCCUCCUUAAGGCUACUGGCAGGGCAGAGAGGGCCUCCCUCCACUGUCACCAGCAGGGUCUUCCUGAGCUAUGAGAGCCCAAAGCCAUGGGUAUCUUUCCCUUUGCUUCAGGUCCAGGUGAGAAAAGGGCAAAAGACUUUCUGCCUUUCUUCCCACUUAGCACCUCUCACCCACGCCCUCUGCCCUGUUUCCCAAGGGAGAUAGUUGGAACAAGUGAAACGGUGUCUGCUUGGGGAAAGUUUCCCCCAUCCCAGUGGUAAUUGGCUGCUGUCAGCCACUAGUCAUUUUUGCCACUGCUAAUUGGGAGACUCUGGGAACAGAUGGAUAGAAUUCUGAACCCUCAUAACUUGAACUAAUGGUCAGAACCUGGGCAGCCACUGGAGCAUAUGGAACUAUAACUCCUGACUAUGAUGGUCUGUCCCAAGGACCUCCUGCAGCUCCUGAUGAUGCUGGGGGAAUUGGGAGCUCCUAGCCCUAAUGAAGGAUGGAGAGUGGCCAUAGGACCUUCUUCCUUACCCCCAUGUAGCCUUUUCAUUGAGGAACAUCUUUUGGGUGGGUUGGGUGUGGAGGAGAAUUAAAAAGGGUUAAGCAAUCUCCUGUGUCUGCCUUCCUAUUUAUACAGUUAGUGGGGGAACAAAACCCAAAGGCUCAUUUUGCUAAUAGGAACACUGACAAAUUGAAGGUAAAAAUGAAGCUUGGAGCACAACUGGAAAAAAUACUGCAGGCUUUUGAGAACCUUUGUGGUGCCAUACAUAGAAGGAAAUCUUGGAUUUUAGCCCCUCUUUGGACACUUGCUGCUUGUGUAAGUCACUGUCCUCACUAAGCCACCUGAGAGGAAGAAGAGAUCUCCAACUAUCCGUUUCACAAGGUCUUGAGGCAAGUAUUAUGUAGAAAUAGGAGUUAGUCAAAGGAAAGAUGAGCAAAAUUGAAAGUUAACCCAUUGAUCUAGUAAAACUAGGAGCUGGUAUAAAAAAAACCCCACACAAUGAAAUGAAAUUGGCUAAUUUGAUUAAAAAAAAGAGAAAACCAAAUUACCACUAUCAAAAAUGAACAAGGUGAAUACAUAGACAAUAAAGGAAAAAAAGCAAUUGG